AUGAUCAACACACACAUCACGACCUUCGCGGGUCUCCCGAACCUGAACCUGCCGCUGCCGCCCAGCACGCUCAUCUCGACUGUCUAUAGCACACUGCUCACACGUCUCUCGCUCCCGCCAUCUCAUGGCCUCAUCCUAUCCACCACCUCCGGGCGCCUUCUCGCCCCCUCCUCCUCCACCCCCCUCUCGUCCCUCUCCUCCAGCGACCUCCUAACCCUGCGCCUCACCCACCCCCUCUGCGGCGGCAAAGGCGGCUUCGGCUCGCAGCUGCGGGCUGCAGGCGGUCGCAUGAGCAGCCGGAAGAAAUCGCAAGAGAACAGCGAUUCCUGCCGGAACCUUGACGGUCGGCGCAUGCGCACCGUUAAGGAGGCCAAGGCCCUCGCCGCGUGGCUCGAGGUUAAGCCUGAGAUGGAGAGGCGCGAGAAGGAGGUGAGACUCAAGAGGUGGAGGGAUAUUGUUGAGGCUGCGGAGAGGAGGGAGGAAAAUGGCGAUGCGGCGAAGGGCAGGUUUGAUGAUCAUGAGUGGAUUGAGGCACUUGAGGAGGGGAAGGAGAGGACUAGGGAGGCGGUGUUGGGCGCGUUGAGGGAGGCGGGGUUGGUUAAAGAUGCUGAGGAGGAGGGGGAGGAGGGGGGGGAGAGCUCCGGAGAGAGUUCGGGCGGUGAGGCGGAGGGGAGUGGCAGUGCGGUUAGGAGGGCGGUGGAUAUGGCGAAGAAGGAGGGGAAGAAGGAGGUGGUCGAGAGGAAGUUUGCGGGGUGGAACGAUGAGGACGAUGAGUUCAUGAGCAGCGAUGAGGAGAUGGAGGAUAUUGCGGAGGAGGACGAGGAGGGGCAGGAGCCGGUCGAUGUCAAGGGCAAGGGAAAGGUGAAGGCCUAG